AUGCAGCGGGUGCCCCAGGGGGAUUUCGGAGACCAGCGCACGGCAGAGGAGCUCUGGGUGCCCGUGGAGGGGCCGCUGGUGUCAGGACACCCGCAGGAGGCUGCUGCAGCACCCGGGCCAGCACCCGGCGGCCCCCACGCACCCCUGCGGAGGCGGAAGAGGGACUGGGUGAUCCCUCCCAUCAAGGUUCCUGAAAAUGAGAGGGGGCCCUUCCCCAAAAAAAUGGUCCAGAUCAAAUCCAACCGGGACAGGGAGUCCAAGAUCUUCUACAGCAUCACGGGGCAGGGGGCAGACACCCCCCCCGAGGGCGUCUUCACCAUCGAGAAGGAGACGGGCUGGAUGAAGGUGACGCAGCCGCUGGACCGCGAGCACAUGGACAAGUACCACCUUUUCUCCCACGCCGUGUCGGAGAAUGGGGAGCCCGUGGAGGAGCCCAUGGAGAUCAUCGUGACGGUGACCGACCAGAACGACAACCGGCCCGUGUUCGCCCACGAGGUGUUCAGGGGCUCCGUGCCUGAGGGGGCUUUGCCAGGCACCGCCGUGAUGCAGGUGAACGCCACGGACGCCGACGACAGCGUCGAGAGCUACAACGGCGUCAUCGCCUACUCCCUGCUGGGCCAGGAGCCGCGCCAGCCCCACGCGCAGAUGUUCACCAUCAACCGCGCCACRGGCACCAUCAGCGUCAUCGCCAGCGGGCUGGACCGCGAGCGCGUGCGGCAGUACACGCUGACCAUGCAGGCGGCCGACCUGGACGGCCAGGGGCUCACCGCCACCGCGCUGGCCGUCAUCGAUGUCACCGAUGUCAAUGACAAUGCCCCCGAGUUUGAGCCCAAAACGUACGCGGCGGCCGUGCCGGAGAACGCCGCCGGGCGGGAGGUGGCGCGGCUGGCCGUGACGGACCUGGACGAGCCGGGCACGCCGGCGUGGCGCGCCGUCUACUCCAUCGUGCGCGGUGACRACGGCGGCGCCUUCUCCAUCACCACCGACCCUGGCAGCAACGAGGGCGUCCUGCGCACUGCCCAGGGGCUGGACUACGAGGCCCAGGAGCAGUUCGUGCUGCUGGUGGYGGUGGCCAACGAGGCGCCCUUCGCCCUGCGGCUGCCCACGGCCACGGCCACGGUGACGGUCAGCGUGGAGGACGUCAACGAGGCGCCCGCCUUCGAGCCGCCGCUGCGGCUGGCGCGGGUGGCCGAGGAUGUGCCGCUGGGACACAGCAUCGGCACCUGCAGCGCRCGCGACCCCGACCGCGCGCAGGCCCAGAGCGUCACGUACCUGCUGGCCAACGACCCGGCGGGGUGGCUGGCGGUGCAGCCRGACAGCGGGCUGGUGACGACGCGCGCCCCGCUCGAUCGCGAGUCGCCCUUCGCCAGGAACAGCACCUACGCGGCCGUGCUGCUGGCCGUGGACAAUGGAGCGCCGCCGGCCACGGGCACUGGCACCUUGCUGCUCACCCUGCUCGACGUCAACGACCACGGCCCCGAGCCCGAGCCCCGCGCCAUCGUCGUCUGCAACCGCAGCCCCCAGCCCCAGGUCCUGGCCAUCGUGGACCGCGACCUGCCGCCCAACACGGCGCCCUUCCACGCCGAGCUGGCCCACGGCUCGGCGCAGAGCUGGGCCGCCGAGGUCGGCAGCGACGACACGGUGACGCUGCGGCUGACGGCGCCGCUGGAGCAGGCCCUGUACAGCGUCUACCUGCGGCUGGUGGACGCGCAGGGCAAGGAGCAGCUCACGGUGGUGGCGGCGCAGGUGUGCGCGUGCGAGGGGCACGCGGAGCGCUGCGCCGCCGCACCGCUGCCCGCCACCGCCACCAUGCCCCUGCUGCUGGCCGCGCUGGGCGCCGUCCUCGCCUUCCUGCUGCUGCUGCUGCUGCUGCUGCUGCUCGUCCGGAGGAGGAGGAGGGCGGCCAAGGAGCCGCUGCUGCUGCCCGAGGACGACACCCGGGACAACAUCUUCUACUACGGCGAGGAGGGCGGCGGCGAGGAGGACCAGGACUACGACCUGAGCCAGCUGCACCGGGGGCUGGACGCCCGCCCCGAGGUCACCCGCAACGACGUGGCGCCCCCCCUGAACGCGGCGCCCCAGUACCGGCCGCGUCCCGCCAACCCCGACGAGAUCGGCACCUUCAUCGACGAGAACCUGCAGGCGGCCGACACGGACCCCACGGCCCCCCCCUACGACUCGCUGCUCGUCUUCGACUACGAGGGCAGCGGCUCGGAGGCCGCCUCGCUCAGCUCGCUCGGCUCGUCCGCCUCCGACCGCGACCAGGACUACGACUACCUGCACGAGUGGGGCGGCCGCUUCAGGAAGCUGGCCGAGCUCUACGGCGGCGGCCAGGACGACGACUAGAGCCCCCCGGCGCCCCCUCCCCGUGCCUUGGGGCUGGGGCUGCCCCCCVUGCCCCCCAUCAAGUGUCCUUGCUUCUCCCCCCAUUUUCCUCCCUUUUGUUUUUAACGGAUAAGAAGCAGYGUAGUGCAGAGGUAGCUCUGGGGUGAUGGGUUGUGGGGAUGUUUUAAAUAAAG